CCGCAGCCGGAGCAGCCGCGCCCGCGCCGCCGCCGCCGCCAUCCCGCGCGCCCGCCCGCCGCGCUCCCUCCCCGCCUCCCCCCCCCUCCCUCCCGCCCUCCCUCCUCCCGCUCCGCCCGGAGCGCCCUUCGCCCAACGCCGUUACCGGCGCCGACACAGCCGAGGCCCGAGCGCUGCCGCAGCCUGAGCCGACCCCGCGCUGCCCACCAUGGACACCGGAGUCAUCGAAGGGGGUCUCAAUGUCACGCUCACCAUCCGGCUACUCAUGCACGGAAAGGAGGUGGGAAGCAUCAUUGGGAAGAAAGGCGAGUCGGUGAAGAAGAUGCGAGAGGAGAGCGGAGCUCGCAUCAACAUCUCGGAAGGGAACUGCCCCGAGCGGAUCAUCACCCUGGCGGGACCCACCAACGCCAUCUUCAAAGCUUUUGCGAUGAUCAUUGACAAACUGGAAGAGGACAUCAGCAGCUCCAUGACCAACAGCACAGCUGCCAGCCGGCCCCCGGUCACCCUGCGGCUUGUGGUGCCCGCCAGCCAGUGCGGGUCCCUCAUUGGCAAGGGAGGCUGCAAGAUCAAGGAGAUCCGAGAGAGCACGGGGGCACAGGUCCAGGUGGCAGGGGACAUGCUGCCCAACUCGACUGAGCGAGCCAUCACCAUUGCUGGGAUCCCACAGUCCAUCAUCGAGUGCGUCAAACAGAUCUGCGUCGUCAUGCUUGAGUCUCCCCCGAAGGGUGUCACCAUCCCGUACCGACCCAAGCCAUCCAGCUCUCCUGUCAUCUUUGCAGGCGGCCAGGACAGGUACAGCAGCGGCAGUGCGAGCUACCCCCACACCGCCCCAUCCAUGUGCCUCAACUCUGACUUGGAGGGACCACCUCAGGAGGCCACCCGGCAGCCACUGCAUGGCAACGAACUUGGGCCAAUUCCAGCCUGGGCUGCAGUUCUUCCGGCCUAUACCAUUCAAGGACAGUAUGCCAUUCCACAGCCAGAUCUGACCAAGCUGCACCAGUUGGCAAUGCAACAGUCACACUUUCCAAUGUCUCAUGGCAACACUGGAUUCAGUGGCGUUGACUCCAGCUCUGCAGAGGUGAAAGGCUAUUGGGGUUUGGAUGCCUCUGCCCAAACCACCUCCCAUGAACUCACCAUUCCAAAUGAUCUGAUUGGCUGCAUCAUCGGGCGUCAGGGCGCCAAGAUCAACGAGAUCCGUCAGAUGUCCGGGGCUCAGAUCAAGAUUGCCAACCCCGUGGAAGGCUCUACUGACAGGCAGGUGACCAUAACUGGAUCUGCAGCGAGCAUCAGCCUGGCCCAGUAUCUAAUUAAUGUCAGUUUAGAAAGCGCUAAACCCUCCUCCCAGGCAGCCUCCGUCACGAUCCCUGACCACCUCAGCAUCAACCUCUCUCAACCCUCCACCCCUUCUUCUUCUUCCUCCUCCACCACCACCCCCUCGCUCGCCACCGCGGGGGCCUCCGACGCACCCUCCAGCCUCCCCAACCCUCUUCCGACCGCCCCUUGUGUCUCCAGUCUGCUUGGCAUGAAACCUGUCCCUCUCCUGGCGCUAAAUGUCGUGUCUGCGGCCAAAGGCGCCGCGGCGCCCGCCGUGCCCUGUGUCACUAACAAACUCAAAGCGGAGAAGCAAAGGUUUUCCCCGUACUGAGGCUGCUCCAGGGGGUGGCAGCACCAGGACCCCGGAGAGGAGACUUGGAACAGCAGAUUUUUUUUUUUCCUUUUUUUUUUCCCUCUUUUUUAAUUCUUUUUUGGGGUUUUUUUAAUUUUCCUUUGUACCGAGCUCGCGCUGCCGUGGCAGCAGCAGAGCUGUUCUUGCCGGCCGAGAGACUGUGUCCCCUUGUCCUGUGAGCGGUCACAACUCCUCCUCUGCCUGCCUGUAGUUGUUGCUUGUUAUUUUUAAUUUUUUUCCAUUUCUCCUCCUUUCCCCCUUUUUUUUUUUUUUUGAGUAGUUUGGGUGCAGCUGUGGGGUUUGGGGUGGGAUAGGGGGGUGGAGGGAGGGAAGGGACUCUGUGAUUUUUUUGUGGGAGGGGGAACUGCAUCCCCGGUGCCCUGGGGGCCUCACCUGUCCUCUCUUAACUGUCUGUACCUGUAAUAAAGUUGCCACGGUGAGAA